UGGCCGUGGUGGCUCCGCUUCGCCAGAAGCUGCGGCCGGUCGCCGGCCAUGGCGGCGGCUGCCGCGGGGACGCCAGUGUUCCUGGAGGUGCGGACACAGCUGCGGAGCGCGCUGCUGAUCCUGGGGGAGCCUAAAGAAGGAGGUACGCCCAUGGAUAUUUCUAUAACACCAUCAUCACUCCAGGUGAAGACCCCUGCAGACUGCACAGAGCUCCGGCUUCCAGCAGAGGUCAGGCUUGUACCUUCCUCUUGCCGUGGGCUGCAGUACGUGGCUGGAGAUGGGCUGCACCUGCGGCUGCAGGUGUGGGCAGAAUCCAAUGCCAAACUGAUUUCCAUGUUUAAUCAAAGCUCACAAGCCCGAGAAUGCUGUACAUUUUAUUGCCAGUCCUGUGGUGAAGUCAUAAUAAGGGACAGGAAGCUCCUCAGGGUGCUCCCAUUGCCGAGUGAGAACUGGGGAGCUCUAGUUGGAGAAUGGUGUUGUCAUCCUGACCCCUUUGCUAAUAAGCCACUUCAUCCACAAGAGAAUGACUGUUUUAUUGGAGACUCUUUCUUCUUGGUGAAUUUAAGAAGUGAUUUAUGGCAGCCAAGACCUGAACUAGCCCCAGUGGAGACACACUGUCUUUCUUCUGAGAACCAUUUUAAAUUGAAACCAAAGGCAAAUACCAAAGUAAUUUGUAAGCGUUGCAAGGUAAUGUUGGGAGAGACCAUGUCAUCAGAAACCACCAAGUUUUAUAUGACAGAGAUAAUUAUUCAGCCAUCUGAAAGAAAUUUUCCCAUCAUACCAAGGUCCCAGUUUGUACAGAGUGUUAUCGCCCAGUGUCUGGUGGAACUCUCCACUGCUAGAAGCACUUUUAGAUUCACUAUUCAAGGUCAUGAUGGCAAAGUGUACAUCUUGCUAUGGCUUUUAAACUCAGACAGUUUGGUGAUUGAAUCUUUGGGAAGUUCCAGAGGUAUCACAAAAUUCCCUCUGUUGGAAGACAUCUUAAAGGCAGAUUCCAGUUCUGCCUGGAAUGCUGUCAAGGUCCUCUACCAGCCAUGUGUCAAAAGCAGGAAUGAAAAGCUUUCCAGUGCAUGGGAAAGUGACAUCAGCAUCCACACUCUAACCCUGCCCUCUGCAACCUGCUUAGAGCUGCUGCUGAUAUUAUCCAGGAACAACGCCACGCUACCUCCAUCGCUUCGCUAUAUGAAUUCCUUUCAGAGAAUGGAAUCCAUAUCACAAGACCUUCCUAGUAGCUACAAAGAAGGGUCAGGAAUGAUGGGAGUAGAGAGCUGUGUGGCCCUCGGCUCUUCCAGCCUGAGAGACCCAGAUCACUCCUUCAUGAGAAGACCCUGGCAGAUGGACCGUUAGAGAAAAGGAAGAGGAAGAAAGUUGGGAUAUUCUCUGGACAGCCCAAGCUUAACUUCUCUGCUUUCCUUUUCCUUCGCUACUCUCCCUCAGGCUUCUAGUACUUUCAAGUUUGCCUCUUAUUUCCAACUCUGGAUCCUGGUCCACAUUGAAACAUUUGUGACUUAGGAAUUUUCCAGUGGUUUUACAUUUGCAUUUAUUUGUAAAUAAAUAAAUUAUAAAUGAUUGCUUAUUCCAAGAAACUUUUCGAAAAUGUGGGCCUUUCCUCUUGCCUGGAGCUAUAGUAACAAGAGGACUUGGCUCUUUCUCACACAUUUAGCACGACUGUGUUCAGUCAAGUGGCUUCCUGGUGGUGGGUCUUCCUUCCUUGGAAAGGAGGCUAAAGAUAUAUGUCUGCUUUUAGAAAUAAAGUAGCAUCAAGAUGGAAAUGACUGAACAUGCUUAUCCCAUAGAGGAAGCUACUGUGUUGUUCACAGGAGCUUUGCUGGCUGGAGGGGGAAACAGCAGCCUGGGAAUGAUGCCAACCUUUAAGGGAAUGAUGGAUUGCAAGGUGGAACUGCUCUAAGUC